UUUAACUUGGCUAUUGUUGACGAUGAUAUCCAUUUUCAUCAUCAAUAUCCUCAUCGUUUGUUUCACGGCCGAUGCCAAAGUGUUGAUGGUUUUGAUGGAGGACGACCCUCUCGUCACCAUGUCACCAAGCGACGUCGACGCUGGAAUUUACAAGGAGAAAAUGAUGCAGCAGCACGACAUUUUCCUCGAAUCCCUGCUCGAGCGAGGCUCCUACAUCAAGCUCUAUAGUUAUACUCAUUUGUUGAAUGGCUUUGCCAUUCAUGCAAAAAAUGAGGAGGUUGUUCAUCUGCUUGGAAGUGCAAAAAGAGUUAGAUACAUCCAUGAAGAUAUGAAAAUGCAGAAGCUAACAACAUACACACCACAACUGUUGGAGAUCAACAGCGGCGCUUGGCCAGCCUUAGGUGGAUACGCGGGCGCCGGGAAAGGGGUGGUGAUAGGCCUAAUAGACACCGGAAUCAACCCCUCACAUCCAAGCUUCACCACCGGAACUUCGUCAACACCUCCCAAAUUCAGCAGGUUCAAGGGAAAAUGUGUCACCGGCCGCCAGUUUCCAGCCUCAUCAUGCAAUGCCAAGAUAGUUGCUGCACAAUAUUUUGCAAGAGCAGCCAUUGCAGCCGGAGAAUUCAAUGCCACGCGCGACGUUGCUUCCCCCUUCGACCCAGAUGGCCACGGAAGCCAUACAGCAUCCACAGCAGCAGGAAUUCACAAUAUUCCUGUGAAAGUGAACAACUUCAACUAUGGCUUUGCUAGUGGCAUGGCACCAGGUGCUAGCAUUGCAGUGUAUAAAGCUAUGUUUCCUUUCGGGGGCUACAUGUCGGACGUUGUGGCGGCUGUUGAUCAGGCAGUGGAAGAUGGAGUGGAUAUACUAAGUCUUUCAAUAGGGCCAACCGGUGUUCCCUCGGGCGCCUCGGCCUUCCUCAACAUGUUAGAACUCGAGCUUCUCUUUGCAACCAAAGCCGGUGUCCUCGUUGUCCAAGCAGUCGGAAAUGGCGGCCCUUCCUCCAGCUCCAUCCUCUCAUUUAGCCCGUGGAUCACCAGCGUCGCUGCCUCCAUCACUGAUCGCAAGUAUAACAGCUCUCUCUACCUCGGUAACGGCCGUCGUUACACAGGAAUCGGACUAGCACCGCCAACUAUGGGUAGUGUGCAUUUCCAGAUUGCAGCGGCCGCGGACGUUUGCAGAAGGAACAUCACAGCAGGGCUGGUGGAAAGCUGCCAAAGCCAGGAUGCCUUCAUUCGCUCGUUGGCUCGCGGCAAACUCAUUAUUUGCACCUACACAUUCGACUUCGACACUGAGGCAGCAACCAUUUCCAGAGUUGCAGCUACUGUAGAAACUAUAGGGGCUGCUGGCUUCAUUCUCACCAUGGAUCCCGACAUCGGUGCUGAUCAGAUCAAGGGCGCCACCGUCACCCUCCGCAUCCCAGGAAUUAUUCUAUACAACAUGAGAUCUUCUUCGGCUCUGUGGGAGUAUUACAACGCGAAUACGGUGAGGAGCACUAGCGGGAUGGCUGUGAUAUUCGGAGCGACUGCGAGGAUUUUGGAUGGAAGAAAGGCAAGCUAUGGUGGGAAGAGAGCAGUGGUGGCAUCGUAUUCAUCUCGGGGUCCAGACCUCAACAAUGCUCGUUUGGAGACGGUCGAUGUUCUGAAGCCGAACAUCAUGGCUCCGGGUUCUUCCAUAUGGGCUGCUUGGACUCCUUCUAGUGUAGGAGAUGAAUACAUCAAAGGUCAAUCUUUCGCUAUGCUAUCGGGAACAAGCAUGGCGACACCGCACGUGGCGGGCAUCGCGGCCCUGAUAAAGCACAAGCACCGCACGUGGAGCCCGGCUGCCAUCACUUCAGCAAUGAUGACAACGGCCAACGCCACCGACCGCACCGGCAGCCCCAUCCUAGCCCAGUGCACGAGCAGGCUAAACCCGGCAACCCCCUUCGACCUCGGGGCAGGGCUAAUCAACCCGUCCCGCGCCAUCGACCCGGGGCUGAUCUUCGACGCCUCGUUCAGGCACUACGUGGAGUUCCUGUGCGCGGUCCCGGGAGUGGACGACAUGUCCAUAAAGCGGGCGGUGGGGGUCGGGUGCCCGCCCCCGGACGAGAGGAUGGAGUGGUGCUCGGACCUGAACACGGCGAGCGUGACGGUGUCGAACCUGGUGGGGACGAGGAAGGUGACGAGGAGAGUGACGAACGUGGGAGGCGCGGAGGAGAGGUAUCGGGUGGUGGUGCGGCCGCCUUUGGGGGUUAAGGUUAGCGUUGCGCCGAGUGAGUUUACGAUAGGCGUGAACGCGUCGAGGUAUAUUAUAAUGAUGAUGGAGGCGAGGCAGAGGAGGAAUGGAUACACCUUUGGGGAGAUGGUGUUGGAAGGGAGUAGACAUCAUGUUGUUAGAGUUCCCAUUUCUGUGUUUGUUAGCAGCCUCUUGCAGGCUUAAUUCUCCCCUCCGUUUCUGCUUUUUAAUACUACUACAAAGUGUCUAUUA